GAGUGGCCCGGGCUCCCGGGGAGGGAGGACCCCCGGGAGGGCAGGGAGGCAGGAGCUGCGGGGCUGUCUGGUGUCUCUGGGGAGGAGCAGAGGAAGCAGCCCUGUGAUAUGGAGCACACGCGGUGCGUCUGGUUUCCAGCCCCGGGGGCAGCGGAAUGAACACAGGAGCUUCUGGCGGAGGCCAGGCUGGGAGCCCUGACCCUGGCUGCCUGGCUGCAGGAUGGAACCCCCAGCAGGGGCGUCUGCAGCACUGGCACCCAGCGUUCUGAAGCCCAUGGUUCUGGAGUUGAGGAUUCUGGAAACCCCGUUUCUCUGAAGGGGAUGCAAGGAGCUUCUGUGUUGUUUCAAGUGCUCAGAAACCCAGACUUGCCUGCAGGAGUUGAGCUGGAGAAGAUGACCUGGGGGAUCUCCUCCGGGGCAAACUACACAACCCUGCUGCAGGUCUCCCCUGGGGCACGCGAUCCAGAAUGGGUCAACUUCCAGGACAAGUUCCAGAAGAGGGUCCGUGUGCUCAACAUUACGACCCUGAGGAUGAACAACCUGACCCCGGAGGACACUGGGCUGUACCGGGCUCGGGACUUCUACUCCAGAGGAAGACAAUACGACCAGGAUUUCCACCUGACUGUGUAUGAGCCCCUGCCCCUUCCCCAGAUCCGGACCACGAAUCUGUCCACCACCCCAGGCUGGUGCAACGUCACCGUGCAGUGUGACGCCCCAGGAACCAGGGAGGACCUGACCAUGUCCUGGAGGAGCAGGGGACUCCCCAGGGAGCUGGAACAGGGAGGGGCCCCAGGACCAGCCCCCAACCCCUGGACCCUGGCUCUGAGCCUGCCCCUGACCCAGCCCAGCGCCAGCCUCACCUGUGUGCUCAGCAACCAGGUGGACCAGAAAACUGCCUCCUUGGACCUUGGGGACAUCUGUGGCCACGGUGAGUGCAUCCUGCAGAGGGGAGGGGCUCCCGGGGCUCAGGCAGCCCUGGGAGCCGCCAGGGGCCCCCACACUGAGAGUGAGGCUCUGCGCCAGGAUGAGCCUCCUCUGCAGCCCCAAGCCCUGGACGGCAGCGGCCACGUGUCCUCAGAGGUGGGCACCGUGUCCUGUUCCUCUCAGCCCCCGGGCCUCAAGCAGGAGCUCGGGAAGUGUUGA